AGAUAACAUGUAACUCCACGUUUCGGUCUGAGUUUCCCUACUUUUCCCUUAAAAACCGUCAGUUUACAACACAAAGCGAUUCUCUCUCUAUCUCUCCCAACCCCUCUUUCUCUCUCUUAAAAAAAUUACACACAGCGCGCACGCACGCACACAUAUAUAUACGCAUAUAUGAAUAUAUAAGUCGUCUCCUUCGAUUAUCAGCGGUUUGAUUUCUUCUCUGCUCUCUUCGCCAGGCGAGCGACUUUGCAUGGCUCCUAGUGCACCUGGCAAUAAAGGCUCCUAGGUUUUUGUGCUCGCUAUUCAUAUUUUAACUGUAGUGUAUUGAGGUUGAUAUGAUCACCGAGAUAUCACCUAUAGGAGAGGAUGUAUGCAAUUUUAUGGAAGGAUCGUCCUACAUGGAUCCUUAUAAUUCCAUUGAAGAUUUACCAGUCUCUCUGCCAUCAUUUGAACACUUAUGUGUUACUAAUAAUGAUUCUUCAAAGUCCUUCACUGAAUCAGAUAUUUUAGGAAACGAUGUUUUUACUGGUGAUUUUAACUCUCUCAGCAUUGAUGAAUCUUUUGGAUGGGGAGAUAAUGAAGGAAAUGGUAAUGUUAAUCUUGAUGGUGCAUCUGAGUCAAAAUGUCCAGACAGUAGUUGUUCAUCUCCUCGGAAGAGGAGUACUCGCAUGAGUAAAUCAAAACAAAAGGCUCAGACAAGAAAGGCUGGAAGAAAAUGCAGGAAAGCAGCCAACAAGGAACCAUUGUCAGAUUUGACUUUGCUGAAGGUGGUGAGAAGAAGAAGAAGUUUUUUAUGCAAACGAGCUCGUUCUUCUGUUUGGGGAUUAUUGGGGAAAAUAUCAGAGGUUUUUGAGCAGAAUAUUGGGCUUGAAGUCAGUCAAACUGAGAAUAAAAAAUCACGAAAUUUAAGGAAUGGUCGUGGAAAAGGAAAGCAGAAUAAGAAUGAGUCAGGUGGAUGCUUGCAAAGGUCAAACGGAAAGAGCUGUGCCUCAUCUACAACCAUUCGUUUGAAGGUUAAACUGGGGAACAAAGUGAAUCAGAGUUGUGUGACGGAUGUAGUUCCUGUCAUUGAUAGUUGUCCUAAAGGGUACUGGGGAAGCAAUAUAGAAUUUCCUAACUUAGCAAAUGAUGUUGAAGUUAAAUCAGAGCCAGAGGUGCUUGGGAUCAGCAAUCUCAAAAAAUGUAACGGGAACCCUGGAAAUUGGAUAAUGUCACCUAGUGUUUCUGUUCAUGAUGUCGAUCUUGCAGAUAAGGACUUGGAGACCACUGUGGUCAAUGAAAAGUCGGCUGGAAAGGCUACAGAUGAUCAUCAGGCAGUUGAUAACAGAUAUCUAGAUCCAGGAACUUCACCUGAUUCAGAAGUGAUCAACCUAAUUCCUGAUUCUCAACUAAAUGGAAAAGUUCAAGAAGAUUUGCAUGGUGUUCUGAUUUCCUCGCAAAAUUGUGUUACUCAUCGAGAUGUUACAAGUUCGAAUCUGCAACAGGUGAGCAGGAAGAAAGGAAAGAAGAAAGACAAACUUCAUCAGGCAUAUAGUUGCAGUAUGGAAGAGGGAUUACCUGGUCCAGAGUCUAGAGUAUUGGAGAAAUGUGGACAUAGGGAGAAGGGAGACGGUUUUUGCUCUAGUGAGGCUUCUAUUUCAGCUACCACUAGUAAUGCUUCUGGAAACACCUCAAGCAGUGAGGGAUUUUCUAGGGAACCAUUGCCUUUGUCAGGAGUGACCGACUUUGGAGUCUCCUUUGAGACUUCGAAAGUUGAAAGUGUCACUAAAAUCGAUCUAUAUUCCAGUCCUGGUGUCGCGCUUGAGUCACCAGAAUCUUGGUUUUCUGGCAAAUUGCAUCCUUCCACUAAAUCAAAGGGGCAAAAACUUCCCAAAAGUUCAAAAGCUAGGAGAGUCACCAAGAGCAAGUCAGAAGUGCCUGAUUUAGCGAAGAGCAAGGGAGAAAAUGCUUCUGGACAGAAGAAAAGCCCUGUGAAGUCAGUUAAUAAGAGCAAAAUUAAAGAAAAAGGCGAUUUUGAGCUAUGCAAAACUGAUAUUCACCCAGAAACAGAUGAUCUUGGAAAGCCCAAAACUGGCAACAUAAGUCCAACUGAAGGAACGUUUAACUCAGAGCUGGUGCCGAGUGCCUUAGGGAACCAAUGUCUACCGCUCCGGAAUGCCUGGGUGUGUUGUGAUGAUUGCUAUAAAUGGAGGCGUAUACCAGCUACGCUUGCAGAUUCCAUUGAUGAAACUCAUUGUAAAUGGAUCUGCAAGGACAACAUGGAUAAUGCCUUUGAUGACUGUUCAAUCCCUCAAGAGAAGUCAAAUGCUGAAAUUAAUGCAGAAUUGGAAAUAUCAGAUGCCUCUUGUGAGGAAGAUGCUUGUGAUGCCCGUUUGAAUUCCAAGAGGUUUGAACGCAAGCAAUCAACAGUUUCCCAACAGUCUUCGUGGAUGCUUGUCAAGUCAAAUUUAUUUUUGCACCGUAGCCGUAAAACUCAAACCAUUGAUGAGAUAAUGGUUUGCCACUGCAAACAACCUUCAGAUGGCCGAAUGGGUUGUGGAGAUGGAUGCUUGAAUCGGAUGCUUAACAUCGAAUGUGUUAAAGGGACAUGCCCAUGUGGGGGGCUUUGUACAAAUCAACAGUUCCAGACACGAAAAUAUGCCAAAUUGAUGUGGUUUCGAUGUGGAAAGAAGGGUUAUGGGUUGCAGUUGCAAGAAGAUAUCUCUAGAGGACAGUUUCUUAUUGAAUAUGUUGGGGAGGUGCUUGAUAUGCAUGCUUAUGAGGCACGUCAAAGGGAGUAUGCUGCAAAGGGUCACAAACAUUUUUACUUCAUGACGUUGAAUGGCAGUGAGGUUAUAGAUGCAUGUGCUAAAGGAAAUUUGGGGCGGUUUAUAAACCAUAGCUGCGAUCCAAAUUGCCGUACAGAAAAGUGGAUGGUGAAUGGAGAAGUUUGCAUUGGACUCUUUGCUUUGAGGGAUAUUAAGAAGGGUGAAGAGGUGACAUUUGAUUACAAUUAUGUACGGGUGUUUGGGGCUGCUGCCAAAAAAUGUGUUUGUGGUUCACCUCAGUGUCGCGGCUAUAUAGGUGGUGAUCCUCUAAAUACCGAAGUAAUUGUUCAAGGUGAUUCAGAUGAAGAAUAUCCGGAACCUGUAAUGGUUAAUGAAGAUGGUAAAAAUGAUGACACCUUUGACAAUAUAGUGUCUGCAUCCAGUUCCUAUCAUGGUGCAGAAACUCGAAUUGCAGAGAAUCUACUAAAAAGCAAAGAUGGAAUGGACAAACCAGCAAUUGCUGUUGGACAGUUGGAGACUACUCCCAAGACUCAAACUGCAGAGAUCUUAGUAAAAGAUAAAGAUGAAAUCCACAAGUCCAUAACUGCUGUUGGACAUUUAGACAUCACAGCAGAACAUGAUCAUUCCAUGAACAAAUUUAAAUCUGCUGCUUCACAAUUGCAUUUGGAAGAGGAAUCAGUGGGAAAAUUACCAUCUUCUGUUCAACCAGUAGAAGCUUCUCUACAACCAGAUGAUUUAACGAGCAAAACCACGUCUUCUGUACAGCAAGAUCUUUCUGUAGUGAAUGAAACUAUAAACGAAUCCUCGUCUGUUCAACGAUUAGAGACUUCUUUGAUAACUGCGACUAGGAAAUUGUCGUCUGAUAUGAUUGAUAGUAAGAGGAAGUCCAAACCUAGCACAGUUGAAGACAGGCGCGCUUAUUCAAAAUCACGUCCUCGCGUGAAGAGUUCGUCCUCAUCUUCAGUUAAAAAGGGACAAUCCAAUUACAGUUCUGUGAAUGUCAACAAACCUCAGGUGGUGACCAACAAGUCUCUUGUGCUGUCCUACAAGCCCAAAAAGCUAUUUGAAGGUUCUUUGAGUGGCCGUUUCGAAGCUGUUGAGGAGACACUUAAUGAGUUGCUAGAUGCUGCUGGGGGAAUCAGCAAGCGCAAAGAUGCCACCAAAGGCUACUUGAAGCUGCUUCUUCUAACUGCAACUUCAGGUGGUAGUGGCAAUGGGGAAGCAAUCCAGAGCAAUCGAGAUCUUUCGAUGAUCCUUGAUGCCCUCCUGAAAACUAAAUCUAAAACAGUUUUGUUUGAUAUAAUUAGUAAAAAUGGUUCGCAGAUGUUGCACAACAUAAUGAAGCGUUAUAGACGGGACUUCAAAAAAAUUCCAAUUCUGCGUAAACUUCUCAGGGUUCUGGAGCAUCUUGAUGGGAAGGAGGUACUUACUUUAGAACAUAUCAAUGGAGGUCCUCCUCGUCCUGGAGUAGAGAGUUUUCGGGAGUCAAUUUUGACAUUAACAGAACAUGACGACAAGCAGGUCCAUCAAAUUGCACGGAGCUUCCGAGACAAGUGGUUUCCUAGACAACGUGCCAAAUUUAGCUGCAUGGAAAUGGAUGAUAGUGGGAUGGAAUUUCACCGGGGUUUAAGCUGCAAUAGAUUUUCAGGAUCACACACACAUUGGCGUGAUCAAGGUGUAAGGCCUAUGGAAACAACAGAUUGCAUCAAGCCAUCAACAAUUCCAACGACUCCAGUUGAUAGUGAUACCCCGGGGAGCCUCUCUGCUUCUUGUAGCAGUGGUUGUACAACCAAUGUUACAAAGACGCGCAAGCGUAAAAGCCGAUGGGAUCAGCCGGGAGAAACAAACCCACUAACAUCUCCUGAGCAUAAGGAACCGAAGACUCAGCCUAAUUUGUUCAAAAAUUUGUAUUCAAGCGCACAACCUGAGGGUGAUGAAGUUGGGCUAGGUCAUACAGAAGGCAGAAGCAAAGAGGGACAAACUGGCCCUAGUUAUGUGCACAAUUUCUCUCGACAACAGGGAGCUGAUAAGGCAGAUGAAAGACAGCAGAAUAUUGACGAGGAUGUUCCUCCUGGAUUUUCGCCGCCUCUUAACAGACGUCUGGUUUCAUCUAAUGCUUCAACUGGUAUUGAUCUCCAUGGAGACGACGUUAGACAUGCAAAGUGUCCUGUUGAAGUGGUUAUGGGGUAUCCACAGGGGAGGUUCAAUUCUCGCAGGUCUGUCUCGUAUGGAAUUCCGUUGUCCGUUGUGCAGCAAUUUGGGACACCUCGUGAAGAAACUGUUGAAGGUUGGGUUAUUGCUCCAGGCAUGCCUUUCCAGCCUUUCCCACCGUUGCCCCCAUAUCCCCGUGACAAGAGAGACACUCCUGCUUGUGCUGCCACUAUGACAAUGAGUAGGCCUGCAGAAAAAGUUGAACAGGAAAGCCGCGAUCCUGGCACUUUCCCGUCAGAUCAAGGAACUCCAAGCACAUCUGGUGCGAGCUCACCAUAUAUGGAUAUUCCAGGUGCAAACAUCCUGCAUAAUUCUCAACGAGUAAGGGACUCCAAUAGUUUGGGAACGAGGUACUUCAGGCAGCAAAAGUGGAAUAAUUCAAAACUGGGGCCUCCCUGGCUCAGGAAAAGAAAUGGUUGGGGAUCCACGGGAAACAACUCAAGAAGUGGCAUGUGCAGCAUAGGCGUAGGAACCAUAGGAAACGAGUUCAAAGGUCCAAACCCCCCAUACAGUUCAGAAUUUGUAGGCACUGCAGUGGAGAGUCCUUAUAGUACAUUUCAGCGGCAUCCACAGCAUCAAAAUUGACAUUGAUUCAUACUCCGAGAAGCUUCUAAACUUUCUUUUAUGCUCCACCUGUUGUACUUUCAAUUCAUUGUUUCCUUUUUUUUUUUUUUUUUUU